AUGGCAUCGAAAUACAAAUUUCCUACACCUGAAUCAAUAGAUAAAGUAAUAUCAGCUGAGAUUCCUAAUAAAGAAACUGAUCCUGAGUUAUAUGAAGUUGUGAAGCAGAACAUGAUACAUGGUCCAUGUGGUAAUAUAAAUAAGAGUUCUCCAUGCAUGGUAAAUGGACGGUGUUCCAAGAUGUUUCCAAAGAAAUACUGUGACCGGACUGUUGUUGAUAACAUUGGUUUUUCACAUUACAUGAGGAGACAAACUGAUGAUUUUGUUGAGAAAAAUGGUAUCAGACUUGAUAACAGUUGGGUUGUUCCAUAUAACAGGAAGUUAUCUUUGCGUUAUAGAGCACAUAUCAAUGUUGAGUGGUGUACACAAGCUAGGUCAAUCAAGUAUUUAUUCAAAUACAUCCACAAAGGUCCUGAUAGAGUUUUAGCUACUAUCGAGAAUAAUGCCAAAGACAUUGGUGAGUUUGCGAACGAGGAUGGUGACGACGCAUCUGAAGUUACUAAAGAUGAGAUUAGAGAGUAUUUUGAAUGCAGAUAUGUAUCUGCUUGCGAAGCAUCUUGGCGUAUACUUGCUUUUGCAAUACAUUAUAGAAGUUUGCCUGUGGAAAAAUUAUAUUUCCAUCUUCCUGGAGAACAACCAUGCGUGUAUGGUGAUGAUGACCCGGUAGAAACAGUUCUUAAUCGCAGAUUAGUUCAGAGUUCAAUGCUACUUGCUUUCUUUGAAGCUUGCGACAAAUAUCCUGAAUUAUCGAAGAAUCUCACCUAUGCCGAAUUCCCAAUAGUGUUUAUAUACGACAGAAAAGAGGUUGAGUGGAGGCCAAGACAAAAGGGUAUGGCUAUAGGGAGACUAACAUAUGUUCCUCUAUCAUGUGGUCAGCUUUACUAUUUACGUGUAUUGCUAAACAGGGUCCAAUGUCCAACCAGUUUUGAUUUUUUGAAAACGGUUGACAAAGUUUUAUAUCCUACAUUCAAGGAUGCAUGUUAUGCUUUGGGUUUGCUAGAUGAUGACACUGAAUACAUAGAAGCUUUGAAAGAAGCAAGCAUUUGGGGAUCCGGAUCUUUCCUAAGGAAACUUUUUGCUGUUAUGCUCAUUACGGAUAGUAUUCUUAAUCCAUGUGGAGUUUGGAAUGAGACUUGGCAACUUCUUUCAGAUGAUAUCAUAUAUCGACGAAGGAGAUUAGAAAACAGAGAAGAUUUAACCCUUUCUGAAGACCAGCUCAAAAAUUAUACAUUGGAUGCAAUUGAGAUAAUUAUGCGUAGCAAUGGAAGUUCUUUGGCUUAUUUUGAUGGUAUGCCUCUUCCAUCUGAUGGUUAUCAUAAUGCUUCCAUUAAUCGACUGUUAUUCGAUGAAAGGAAUUAUGAUAAGGAUGAUAUGUCUGCUCUUCAUAAUAAGAUGCUUCCUGGUUUAACUGAAGAGCAGAUGAAAGUAUACUCAGAGAUAAUGGAAGCUGUUACAUUAGACCAAGGUGGUGUUUUUUUCCUAUAUGGGUUUGGUGGAACAGGAAAAACACAUUUAUGGAAAAUUUUGUCUGCUGCCAUUCGUUCUAAAGGACAAAUUGUAUUAAACGUGGCCAGUAGUGGUAUAGCUGCUCUUUUAUUGCCUGGUGGAAGAACAGCUCAUUCACGAUUUGGAAUUCCUUUAAAUCCAGAUGAGCUAUCUACUUGCAAUAUGCAUCCAGGAUCAGAUUUAGCUGCAUUAGUCGCUGAGGCCUUAUUAAUCAUUUGGGAUGAAGCUCCUAUGAUGAGUAAAUUUUGUUUUGAGAGUUUAGAUCGGAGUAUGCGUGAUGUUAUUCCUAGGCAUAAAGAUAAACCUUUUGGUGGAAAGGUUGUUUUCUUUGGUGGUGAUUUCCGACAAGUCUUGCCUGUUAUAACUGGUGGUGGAAGAGAAGAUAUCACAAGGGCAUCUCUAUGUUCUUCUUAUCUAUGGGACGAAUACAUUGAUGCAAGUAUUGCAGAAGAAAUCAAAUCUUUUUCUGAAUGGAUUCUUCGGGUAGGCGAUGGUAAGGUUAAUCUACCAAAUACAGGGGAAGUCAUGAUUGAUAUGCCCGAGGAACUUUUGAUAACAGAGUGCAAUGAGCCGAUUAAGGCUAUUGUUGAAUCUGUUUAUGGAUUAGGAUUUGAAGAACAAAACGAUCCUAACUUUUUCCAGGAAAGAGCAAUUUUAUGUCCAACUAAUGAUGAUGUAUGCGCGAUUAAUGAUUACAUGAUGUCUGCUCUUCGAGGUGAAGAGAGAGUUUAUCUAAGUUCAGAUUCUAUAGAUCCAUCAGAUACUUCCAAUCAUGACAGUAGUGUUUAUACUCCAGACUUUUUGAAUAACAUAAAGAUUUCUGGUUUACCUAAUCAUUGUAUAAAGUUGAGGGUCGGAGCACCUGUCAUAUUGCUAAGAAAUAUUGAUCCCAAUAGUGGGUUAUGCAAUGGAACCAGGCUUCAAGUGACUCAACUAGCUGAUCACAUCAUUGAAGCAAUUGUGUUAACAGGGCAUACACUCGGUCAGAAAGUCUAUAUACCUAGAUUGUCUGUUUCACCUCCUGAAGGCAAAUUCCCUUUCAGAAUGAGACGGAGACAAUUCCCAUUGAUGGUCUCAUUUGCUAUGACCAUCAAUAAAAGUCAGGGACAAACACUCUCAAGUGUUGGUUUAUAUUUGCCUAGACCUGUUUUUUCACAUGGUCAGUUGUAUGUUGCUCUAUCCAGAGUUAAGUCUAAAGCAGGGCUAAAGGUUCUCAUUGUUGACAAAGAAGGCAAUCCACAGAAACAGACCAUGAAUGUUGUCUUCAAAGAAAUAUUUCAGAAGCUUAUCAAGUAG